UUUUUGGAUUACACUUCGUUUUUGGUUUUUUUGCUUGGCUGCAAUGGACGACACCAGUGUGGUGAAGCUCUUUGUUGGGAAUCUGGCAGUGGAAACAUCACAAGAUGACCUAAUAGCACUUUUUGCCCCUUAUGGAAAGCUGGAGACCAUUACUUUACUGAGGCAAUUUGCCUUUGUUCAUCUGCAGGGAGAAGCUGACCUUGCCAUUCGUGGUCUAAAUGGUAUAGAGUUUCGUGGUCGCACCCUUGUUGUCGAAGAGUCUCGAGGAAGACCUCAGAACUCUAUCAAAGUAUAUGUGGGGAACCUGAGUGCUCUGUGCACGACUGACGAACUGCAUGAGCUGUUCUCUCGUUUCGGCAACGUCUUGGAGUGUGAAAAAGUGAAAACCAAACCCAACUCCUCAGUAGGUUAUACGUUUGUACACAUGGAGCAUCAAGAGAAUGCGGAGAACGCCAUUGAGGCCCUCCAUGGGACCUCUUACAUGGGCCGUCCACUCUCUGUGGAGCUUUCAAAAGUCCAGCAAACCAAGCCAGCUGCUGUGUCCAAGGUGCCGUGUGCACGUUGUGGCACACAGGGACAUUUCGCCGGUGAGUGUCCUACCAGGCCGCCCUUGGAGCACCACCAGAGUCAAGCAGCUGUGCUAGCUGCUGCAGCAGCCGCUGCUGCUGGACUUCCUAUUCAAGUGCAACAGAGCGUGCACAACUCUUUCUUUAACACCAACACCUCUGAUCCGACAUAUGCAGCCCUGAAGGGUCUGACUGAAGGCAGUGGGUCAGCCGGUAAGCCAGUGAGCGCUGCAGUUUACGGUGCGCUGGCAAGUCAAGUGUAUGGUUCUGUGGCUGAUCAGGUCUAUGGCCAGGGAACAGGUGAUUCAGGCUACCCACCUGCAGUAGAGGCUCCAUCGGCCACCACAGCUACAAACCCUGUCUAUGGAACAAAUGCCUCUGCAUAUACAGGCCCUGCCUAUGGGUCCAUGGGUGGGGCAGAGGCUGAUCCACAAGCCAUAUUCGAGGCCGCUCGGCAGCGAUUCAUUGAGCAGGGCCAGCAGGUAUUGGCUGAGCAGCAGGCCAUUACAAAACCAGACCGGGACCGGAGCCCGGUGAGACGUUCUGCUCUGCUGCCUGACCCUGUUCCUCAGCCCAUUAGUGCUGCGAGACCCAAACGCCGCGCUCUGCUGCCCACACCACCUGGAGGACCUGAAAUGCCUGCUAUUAAAGAGGGAGACCCUAUUGCGAGGUGCUAUGCAGAGUAUGUCCAGCAGUACCAACAGUACCAACAUUACCAGCAGUACCAACAGUAUCAACAGUACCAGUACUACUAUCCACCACCACCCCCACCACCCCAGAUGCCCACCAUGCCAAUGCCACCUUCAGGGCAGAUGGAUGGCAAUCACCUCGCGGCUCCUGGAACCAGCGCAUCUCCAAGAGCGUAUGAGCCACCUCCACCACACCAGGAUCCCCACCUCCGCAGUCCUGACUACUCCCACUACCACAUGCCAGAGCCCACAUACCGAUAGAGCUCAACACCUUACGUGUGUGUGUGUGUGUGUGUGUGUGUGUGUGUGUGUGUGAGAGAGAGAGAGUGAGUGAUUGUGUGCGUGCUUGUGUGUCUGUUGAUAGUGCUGUAUGUGUGAGGCAGUGUUGGUCCUCCUUUAUAAGUAAUAAGGAAAGGGAUGCAUUAAAUCUGUACAUUGGCUUUAUGCACCAAACUUGUGUUACUGUUUUAUAAGUCUAUUGACUAGAGCUUUCAUUUGAUACAUUUAAACUAAUUUUUUGUCCGUAAUCUGACACCAGCCUAUUCCAGAAGACUGGUGAAUUUCUUAUAAACAUCAAAUGAUGGUGUUGAGCUCAGAGUUCAACAUUUGGAUGAUUUGAUUUAGGUUUUUGGCUAAUUAUUUUAAGAUGCCUCCCCAAGAUCUAUGUGCUGUAGUUGUAUGCAACUACAAGGGCGAGUCAAAAAUGAUCCGCACCCUGGCUGUACAUAUAAUUAAAUGUAAUCCUAAUUAGCUUGUAGUAAAGAUAAAUACAUAAUUAUUCAAAAUUAUUCUGCUUUUAAAUACACUUUUGUCCAUUUGUCAAGUUUUUGUAUUCCCUCAUUAAAAAUAUUUUAGGCUGAGCUACGGGCCAAAAAUGCACUUGUCUUCACUUCAUCACAUUUUAAUCUCUUUCCUCGUAGGGCUGCUUUUAGGGGACCAAACAAAUGAAAGUCAGAUGGAGCAAGAGCAGAACUAUAGGGAGGAUGUUUUAACCCCCCCAAAGAGUUGACAGUGUGGGCAGAAGUGUGCAGACGUGCAUUGUCAUGCAAAAUCACAAUGGCUUUUUAGAUAAGAUUAAAAACAGAGGACUGAUCUUAAGUUUAGAAUUGAGCAACUCACUUUAAAGAGCCCUGAAUUGUUUGUUGAACCUUUUUCCUGACAAUUUUCCAAUACUGGCUGUUGAGAAUUUUAGAAUACUGUAAGCGACAAUUUGACGGUUAACUUUUGAACUGUUUCUUGGUCGGCGAUUGAGGAUGUUUCUAUUUCAUACUCUUCUGUUUCACCUCAGGUUCAUAGUAUUAAAUCCAUGUCCCGUCACCAGUAAUGAUUACUUCUAUUUAUGCACUUCCAAGAGUUGUUUAGGAGUUCUGGUACACCCUCAGACCAGCCAAAACAAAACUAUGAAUCACUGCGGGCUGCUCUCAUGUGUAUCUCAUGCAAUUGGGGCUUCCGUUUUUUUGCUCGCACCAGUUACAAAUUAUAUAACCGGAGUGCGGAUCAUUUUUGACACACCCUAGUACAUUUUUCAAAUGAACCAACAUGAACAGUUGUUGCGUGAAGAUGCAUAGUAGGAAUCUGAAAUACAAAGAGGACCUGUGUGAGUGUGUGCGUGUAUGUGUUUUAAUAUGCGAAAUUGUGGAGAAAAAUCAUUUUCACUUGCAGCAGUCAUACAUUAACACACAUCAGAUCACCUUCCAUUCCAAAUGGGUGGGAUUUGGCUUUUGGGCAGAGACAUGCUCCAUCAGUAUCAGCUAAAUAACUUAAUAGAACUUGAUGUGUUUCAGCCCAUUAGGCACACCCUGAGGGCAAAUAAGGGCAUGACCUGCUUGCAGCGCGAACCUCACCUCUGAUUAUAAAAUUCAUCUGUUGGAAGAGGCUAGGACAAAUGGAUGGAUAGUGUUUGUUAGUCUAUCUAGCGUUCAUCAGCCAGAAACAAAAAAGACUUUUGACUAGUGUAUACUCCUACUUAAUACUUAGUUGGUUUCCUGUCAUUUCCAUAUCUUUAUUGACUCUGGGUUUGAGAUGCUAUUUGUAUAGCCUGCAGUUUGUGCUGCAGAACUACAAAGGAAUCAACUGCCAAUCCUAGCUUUGUCUCCCUCUUUUACAUGGACAAAAUAAUGUUUUCAGAUGCUAGUGAUGGCUAAUCUCUUAAAUGACUUUUUUUUUUUGACCAAGACAGCAAAGUGCCCUUUCCCAGCCUCUUGAGAAUAUAUUUUUCUUUUCUCUAAAUCAUUUGAUUCCCACUUUUUUCAUCACAGUACAUUAUAGACUGAUUUGGCAGUGCUCAUUUAGUUGGGUUGAUUUUGAGGAUGUAAGGUCUAUUGCAUUAGGCCUCCAGUUGAUUUUCAGUUUGAGAAUAAAAUGCAGUGAAUAUAAAUAUCUGAUGUAUUUUUGUUUAAAAGGAAAUGUGAUAAAUCAGUGGACUAAAGUUUUUAGGCAGUUUGAAUUAAACACAAUUCAAUUAAAAAAAUUUAAAUGGCUCUCCUCCUUUUAUACAGUUUCCCUAAAAAGCAGUAUAUUUGAUAGUUUCUGUUGAACAGAUUUGAUUCAAACCUGCCUAUUUAGAAACUAGAGGAAGGAGUCUACAUGAGGUUUUCAUAACAUCUGACAUAUUUUAACUUAUAUUAAAUACAUUUUCUUUACAGAUCUGCAUACAUUACAAGUGUGAGUCUGUUGGUUUCAGUGGUUAUGAUAGUAGGAUUUGGGACUCAGAUGUUAUGGAGAAUGUUGUAGCAUUCCUUCAGUAUGCUUUAAAGACCUCUGUAAAAAUGAUUGUAAUGAAAAAAAAGGCAGAGAAAUCUCUCUUUUUAAUGAUCUUAUGUCCUCUUUCCUUUAGAAUGCACCUCAGACUGUCUUCAGUCUUUCAUUUCAACGCUGAGAGAUGGUGGGGUACUUGCACAAACACAAACACGCACACAUACACAACAUGGUCUCACUGACCUCUACUGAUCUGAAUACAGGAAACCUUUUGUUAAAUACUAGGCAACAGAUUGAAAUGACCUGCAAUAAUUCCAUUAUGGAUUACCAUUUGUAUUUUUCAGUGUAAUAUGUUAGGGGGCUGCUUUUUGUUGUGCACGUUUCUGAAAGACGCCUGGUUUAAAAACAAAAAUGCCUUGCCUUCUAAGUGUAUCCAGGCUGUGAUGUUUGCAAAAGGCAUUUAGAGGAAUGACGAUGGAAGGGUGGUUUUUUUGUAAAGUUUUUUUUCCACACAUUAACGCUAAAUGUCUGUAAAUCUUUGUUAGAAAUAGUGCAUGACUGGUUACUCGUACUGUUCUUCCAGCCACAUUUUCCCUUUUCGCUAACUACAGCUAAAAUGGCUCCCGGGCCUCAGGACGCCAAGUUGCACAUGACGGGGGAAGAGAAUUAGAGUCCCACAGUGGCAUGGAUGCACUCCCCAGAAAGGUAAAGCCCUCUGGCCCCAAUCACGCUUGCACCUUGACCAUACACCAGUUCCCCUAAAUAAUCUCCAUCUCCAACUCAGUUCAGAUCCAUCUUCUGAGCAAAAAAAAGAAAAGAAAAAAAGGAUGGGGCUGUAACAGUGCCACAGGUUAAGAAAAGUGAUGGCUUAUAUCAAUCAGAGAAACCAAGUCAUUUAGCUCAGGCACACAAAGUACCCCACGUGAUCUUGGUUUGAUUGUUUUUGUUUUUUAGGUUUUUUAAAUAGUGUAUAUAACUUUACAUAUUGUUUAAAGCCCCAGUGGCACAUCCAUUCAAAGAUUAUCACUGUAAUUGUUUUUGAAUGCAGAAGUUAGGAAGUGUCUUAGAUGAAAACUGCUCUAACACACACAAAAAAUAUCCUUUAUAAAGAGCUUGAGGCUAUGUGAGGUCAGGGAAAAUUGAAUUGUUGGCUUGUUCUGUGGCAUUUGGUGUUUCUUUUAAGCAUUUUCAGUAAGACGAGGUGAGAUGCGUGCACACGCUAACAACUGAGGUUCCCUGGCUGUGCUUUGAACUGUUAAGAAGACAGCACAGCUUUAAGGGGCUGCAGUGCAAUCCAAAAGGCAAGAGGUGGUGCUGUUGCCUGGUAGGUGAGUAACCAGUGCACCACUGUCCGACUCAAACCUGUUCCUGCCCUCAAAUCCAACACUCCAUGUGAAGUCAAGUUCUAUUAAAGAUUUUGUAUGCUUUUAAGAGUUGACUUAUAGAAAGUAGUUUGAACCAUGAUCGUGUACGAGGGCUGAUCCAGGAAUUUAAAGGGUUGGUUUAAAAACCUCUGACAAGGGGUCACUUACUGUAGGCACCUGGAGUUCUGACUGGACCUGAAAGGCCGUCUUUUUAGAUAUCCUUAACUCAGCAUUAAAUACUAGAAUCUCACCAUUCCUGAAUUUACAGUUUAACAGUAGAUGAAUAAAUUUUGAUGUCAGUUUUGAUAGAUGAUUUUUCCUCUUGUCCAUGAUGUAUCGCAGCUUCUACUUCCCAUUUCUGUUUGCUGAUGUGUAAACUGUUUUUCGAACAACAUACAUUGUUUUCCAAGUGUGCUUUAAAUACAUAACGCAUUGCUUAUGGUUAAUUGAGUUCAGGAAAUGAUUAUUCAGGGAAUAUGCUUUAGUUGAGCUAAAUGCUACCGCAGACCAGUUUACUUCUUUUGCUACUGGCUCAGCAAAGAAUGUCUACUCUUGUGUCUUUGCAGUUCUUCUUUUAUCCUGUAAAACUAAAUUAAAUA